AUGCAAGUUUCCCGCACCAUCUAUCGCGCCGCCCUCCUCCACCUCUCCGUCCAUCCAUUCCUGGUCCGCGCCUCGAUAGGAACAACCUGGCCAUCUCUCAGUGCCCCAAACCCGCGCCUUCACAGCAUCCUCUUCCCACAGUGCGCGACCUUCAAACUCGACAAAAGCCAACUCCGCACCAUGUCCGACUCCUCAAAACCCUCCAACCCUUCUGCUGCCCCGAUUCAAAGCCUUGAUACCCAAGAACCAGAGCAAAAUGACAAAGCUACUCUCUACCUACCCGAAAGUGAUGGCACUGCAGCACACCAGGCACAAGGCUCGGGUGGGAUCAAACUUGACAUGAGUGGCGGCGACACAGCAGUGAAGCUUGAUCAUCUAGGCCCGAUGGUUGUGAAUGUGGACGGGACGUUAUCGCAGAUUGGAAAUUGGCAGCAGAUGACUGAGGGGGAGCAACAAAACACGUUGCGGAUCAUCGGCAAGAGGAAUCAGAAGAGGUUGGAGGCGCUUCGGGAGAAGGAGAAGGAGGGACAGUGA